GGAAGAUUCAGUGGACGCUCAGCGCGGGGCAGCGGCGAGUGUUCCUUCCUCCCCUAGUGUCAAAAGUCAAGCGGACAUGCCAACACAACUCUAGCCUACCGCUCCGGCGGAAGUGGCGGCGAGUCCGUCCGGUCCGCCUUCCGGUCCACCGCCCGCCAAUUUCCGGCGGCGGGUGAGCGCGCGUCGCGUAACGACCUUCUGCGUGGAGUGUAGGCAGGCGGCGGCGGCGUAUGGAUGGAGGCCUCUGCCUCUGGCCGGGCGUGGCAGACCUGGCGGCGGGCCCGGGCCUCGGGCUUCCCGCUCUCCCGAGCCGCCAUCCUCCUCUUCUCCGCCUUUCUUGUGCGGGCGCCCCCGUCAGUUGAAUAUUUGGUUCGAUUUCCAAGAACUUUUCGCUUGACCCAAGAGUCAGUGAAAAUAGUGGGAUCAUCAAGUUUUCCAGUGAAAGUAUAUGUCAUGCUCCAUCAAAAGAGUCCACAUGUGCUAUGUGUAACCCAACGACUGCGAAAUUCCGAACUGAUAGAUCCAUCAUUCCAAUGGCAUGGGCCGAAAGGAAAAAUUGUUUCAGAAAACAGCACUGCACAAGUAACAUCCACAGGAAGCCUUAUAUUCCAGAACUUCGAGGAGGCUAUGAGUGGAGUUUACACAUGUUUUCUUGAGUAUAAACCUACUGUGGAAGAAAUUGUUAAAAAUCUUCAACUAAAAUAUCUCGUAUAUGCAUAUCGUGAACCUCAUUAUUAUUAUCAGUUCACAGCUCGGUAUCAUGCAGCUCCCUGCAAUAGUAUCUAUAAUAUUUCCUUUGAGAAGAAACUUCUUCAGAUUUUAAGCAAAUUGGUUCUUGACCUUUCAUGUGAAAUUUCCUUACUUAAAUCUGAAUGCCAUCGUGUUAAAAUGCAAAGAGCUGGUUUGCAAAAUGAAUUAUUCUUUACAUUUUCAGUUUCAUCUCUAGACACUGAAAAAGGACCCAAGCCAUGUACAGAUCAAAAUUGUGAAUCUUCUAAAAGACUAUCUAAGGCUAAAAAUCUCAUAGAGAGAUUUUUCAAUCAACAAGUAGAAGUUCUAGGCAGACGUUCAGAUCCAUUGCCUGAAAUAUACUACAUUGAAGGUACUCUCCAAAUGGUUUGGAUCAAUCGCUGCUUUCCAGGGUAUGGAAUGAAUACCCUGAAGCAUCCAAAAUGUCCUGAAUGCUGUGUGAUCUGCAGCCCUGGAUCUUAUAAUCCCCGUGAUGGAAUUCACUGCCUUCAGUGCAACAGCAGUCUGGUGUAUGGAGCAAAAGCAUGUGUAUAGGACAUUAUCUUGAAUUAUCUGGUGGUUUAUUAAACAUAAAAGUAUAUUUUUGAAAUAUUAAUAUAUAAUAAAUCACUAUUAUGCUAAAAUUAAAUAAUCAGAUUUUACAAAAAAAGGUCUCAUUGUUUUAAUCAUAGUAUGUCCACAUACUUUUAAGUGUGAACAUCCUGUUAUCUUUAUCCAUGAAUGCUAAACCUACAUAUGACUUCAGAAUAUCUCUUGUAUCACUGUUUAAAAAAUAGUUUUAAAUAUACUGUAUUAGAUUAGCCCAGAAGAUUUUGCAGGGUUUUAAAAAUAUGUAUCCCAUUUUCUUUACUAUAUAUUCACUGGACUCAGGUUACCACAUUUUUUUAUAACUUUGAUUUUAGCUUAUUUCAAUCAUUUGAUUUAAUUUUAUGGAAAUUUAACUAUUCUAGUUCACCCUUCCACAGUUCAAAGCCAGUUUUAAAGCCUACAUCUUAUUACUGUAGUUGUUAGUCUUUUUAGUGUAAGGCCUAACCCAAACCACAUUGUGGGUUUUUAAAACAGUUCAAUGUGGCUAUCUUAAACCUCCAUUUUAAAGUCUCUUUAAUUACCCUGACAUUUCAGAAUGAAAUGGAGAAAUCAUUAUAUUUCCCUAGAUCAACAUUUGAACUUUCUCAGUAGGGAGACUAAGAUAUUUCUUUCUUUUUUUUUUUUUUUUUGAUAAUACCUCUAGAAAAAGAAUCACUCAUUAGAACUUUAAUUUUAUUUACUUCACUAUUAAAAAUGAGUAUUAUGUGUUAGUUAUUACUGAUACCAUGACUAAUAUUUAUCUUCUGUCACACAGGAUGUUAUAUUUGAAUUUGAAAACUUUGAUCAAAGUUUUAGGUACCAGGAAAAUACAUAAAUAACUUACAAAAUGAACAUUUUCUCAAUUUCCUAAAUAUUGUUUGAUUUAUAUUUGUAUCAUCUUUGCUAUGGGACAUUCCUGUUUUGCUCUUCAUAUUUCCUUUCUUAAAAGGACACAGAUAUUUGUACUUACCAAAUUACACAAAUUGGAUGUAGGUACAAGUGGGCAACACAUUAACAGAAAAAGUAUUAAUUAUAUGCUGGGAACUAUUAUCCUUGAUAAAAUAAGUGUAUGGUCCAGUAAUUAAGUGUAUGGCCCAGCCAUCCCAUGGACAUAUAUAACCCUGGAAUUCUCACACAAAUAAAAAUGGAAGAUAAAUUAA